GGCUUACACAGUGUUUUUUUGUGUUAAGAAAUUCGAGACGCGCAGUUGAGAGAACCGUUACUUUCCAUCAUUGGUCUAUCAAUUGUUUAGCCAAUUUAGGAUUUUUUUAAAUCGACCUAAUCCUAGUUGAUUCAAGUUGCAACUAUCUACCGAGAGAGUAAAAAUUAAUCUAAAAAGGCAAACUGACCGUUUUUCAUCAUUUGUUUCUACUCUAGCCUCCGGCAUUUGCGUAGGAGGGACAGGGAUCACCAAAACAGAGCGCACAAAGCCAUUGCGCGCAGUACCACGUCAUUCUGUCAAACUUAUUGAAACUUGUUUCGUUACUUUCUAGCAGCAUAUACUUAAUUUUCAUUCAGAUCAUAUUUAGAUAGUUGGGGAGUCGGGGAGAUGAUAACAGGAUUUCGACUGAACUUGGCGCCUCUCAAGGAACCGCUGGGAUUCAUCAAAUUUAUAGAAUGGCUGACAGCCAUCUUUGCAUUUGGGAGCUGUGGGGGGUAUUCUGGAAGGACUAUCGUGUCACUCUUCUGCAGCGAAGGAAGGAACGAGACACUGAAUGCUACUUUUAGCUAUCCCUUCAGGUUAAACCUGGUUGCUCUAGUGGAGAGCAACACCACUCUGUGUAACCACUCCGUGCCCGUCACCCACCUGGUGGGAGACUCCGCCUCCUCGGUCCAGUUCUUUGUGGGCGUGGCCAUCAUCUGCUUCCUGUACUCUAUAGUGGCGUUGCUCGUCUACCUGGGCUACAUGCACGUGUACAAGGACUCUGACUUCGGCCCUAUGUUUGAUUUUGGCCUGACGGCAGCGAUUGCCUUCCUGUGGCUCGUGUGUUCGUCAGCAUGGGCCAAGGGGCUGCAGAACGUGAAGGAUGCCACCGGGACGGCGGACAUCACCUCCACACUGGCACUCUGCAAGGAGAGCGACGUGUCCUGCGAGGUCACUGACUUCGCCAACAUGCGCACCCUCAAUGUCUCUGUGGUGUUUGGGUACCUGAAUCUGAUGGUGUGGGCUGGGAAUGCCUGGAUUGUGUACAAGGAGACCCGUUGCCACUCUCAGAAGUACACUGCCCGGCAGGGGGCCGGGGCCGGGCGUGGUCAACAAGUCCCUGCUGCUAUCUAAUACUCUACUCCACUUCCAAUGGCCAAAAUAGCCCCUACACACCCUAAGUACUCCUGUAGCUCUGAGAGGAUUGGAUAGAUACACUAUACAUUUUAUGGUAAUAGGCAGCUUCAUCUUGCCUGCUGAUUGUCUGGGUGGAAACCGCCAAUAUUUUUGCUGUGCCAUAGUUAUCAAUAUCUAUGCUUUGUCGAAUAUAUCUGUGCCUUCAAUACCGGUCCCAAUUUUGGGCCAUGCCUUUCUGUGUCUUUGCAUGCUAAUGCUUUCUCUCCUCGUGCCUUCUUUAACUUCUAAACCGGUGCCUUCUCUUACCAGUAAAUCUCACGAACCGCUGGUAUUUUCUCCUAAGCUGUGGUACAGACUCAUUGACAGCAUUUGUGCACUUUGACCGGCAACUACAGUGUCUUUGUUCUGGGCAUUUCUACCAAACCCUAACCUGGGAUAAUUCAGAUUCUUAAACAAUGUGUCCUUUCGCCUCAUGGCCUAGAAGGAAUCCUGAUCUGUCCUCACUUGCCUCUUUUUGCUAAGUGUGGCAGUCUUGCUUCCGUCCCUCUCCUCGCCCCAACCUGGGCUCGAACCAGGGACCCUCUGAACACAUCGACAACUGCCUCCCACGAAGCAUCAUUAUCUAUCGCUCCACAGCUACUUCAAGGUCCCAGAGCGAGUGACGUCACCAGUUGAAACUCUACUAGCGCGCACCCCUAACUAGCUAGCCAUUUCACACCGUUUACACAAGGAUGCAUGUGUCUCUGACUGUACUGCUGGCCAUAUGCUUUCUUAAAUU